AUGGCGCGAGAGCGAGACGAACAAAAGGCGGGUCGGCCGAGAGACCGCUGCCUUCUUCUCGACUUACGCCGACUCGCGUAGUGAACGUCAGCCGACUGACGUGGCCGGCCGUGUUUGCGUUCGCGCGUUUGACACCCGUAUAAAAAAAAAAACAUUCCGCGCGUCUUCUGAAUUUAAACUUUUUAAAACUGACUGGGUUUUUUAUUGGUGCGCCGCAGUGCAUGGAUUGAUUUGUUGCCUUUGAAGACAAGUUGGAAGUAUUGCAGUGAAUUAAUAGUCGCUAUUGGCCUGAGACGCUAUAAAGUGAUGUAUUAGCGACCGCCGGGCAAUUAGCGACUGCUACGAAAACAGCCUUUCGUCUAAACUGCAAACUCUUGGAAUAUUUCGGUGCGGCAGUCCCGAACAGGCCAGCAAGCUGUUUUACCCCUACCUGAAGACGUCCUCCCUCCACAGGGACUUCCUCUUCGCCAGUGGCUCCGACGAGUCGGGAUGCGAGGCUGAUAUGUCGGAGGGCGCGGAUGUGGGGCGCCACUCGCCGCCCCGGCCGCAGCAAGAGCCCAUCAACCUUAAGAAUGAGCAGGCGGAGUCUGACCGGGAGAGCGGCGCGAGCUCGCCGGAGGCGGCCCGUCAGCUAGCAGAGCCGCGGACUCCCUCCCCGCGCCGCACCCCGCACCAGCUGAAUGGCUCCAUGGCGUCCAUGUUUCAAAACCUGCAGAACCUGGCCAGCAUGCAGCAGAACAUGCCGCAGCAGAUGUCCCAGCAGCUGCAGCAGCAGAUGUCGCAGCAGAUGUCGCAGUUGGCUGCCAACCUGCAGGGGCUGACGUCCAUGCCGUCCUCCGUCAUCAACUCUCCUUUGAACUUGAGCGUCAGCGCGCCAGGCAUGGGAUCCCCCAACCCCGUGGGCAACAGCAACAUGCUGCCGCCAGCCAUGCCGUCGCCCAUGCCGCAGCUCAUCCUGGCUUCAGGGCAGCUGGUGCAGGGCAUACAGGGAGCUCAGCUGCUAAUACCGACCUCACAGGGUAUCGCCACGCAAACCAUCCUCACAAUACCAGUCAACCACGUCAACUCCAACGACCAGAUGGUGAACCUGGCGCUCAACAACGGGCAGGUCGUCUCAACAUCACUAGCCAACCUGCAAGCCAUGGCUCAACCGCACCAGCUCCUCAACUCCAACCCUCAGCAACCUAGACCCAACAUGCUCAACCCUACAUUGAGCAACGCGCUACUGAAUCCUGGGUUACCAAAUUUCUUGUCCAACGGAGCUUCAAGCGCCCAAGAGCUGCUCCAAGCCUUCCAGCAGCCUCAACCUAAUCAUAAUCUCCUUCAAACUGUGCAGCAGAACAAUAUGAACCAGCAGAUGCAAGGACGGCGAUCGUCGUCCCCAAGGCCUGAUCGGCAUUAUAAGGAGAGGGAGAACUUUGAGAGAUACGCGAGCAGUUCGAGGGAAAGGAGUGAACGGGAGAACCAGGGGAAUGCGGCGAUUAACAGUAUUAACAGGCUCGCAGCCUCGAACGGCGAGAUCACGAUCACCACAUCAGCGCACUCUGGCACCGGCAGCUCUGCGGGUUCAGCACCAGCCCCGUCACCCCACGCGCCCGUCAAGAUGUCACCCGGCUCUGUCAAGAGCUCGCACGACGACGACCUGCUGGCUGACUCGCCAAAUCAACCAACAAUAAGCCAAUCGUCCAGUAACGUCGUCGACGGAAUCAACCUAGAAGACAUUAAGGAAUUCGCAAAGGCCUUCAAGCUACGGCGGCUUGGCCUAGGCCUCACCCAAACACAGGUCGGUCAGGCCUUGUCCGUCACCGAAGGCCCCGCUUACAGCCAAAGUGCCAUUUGCAGUGCCCUGGCUUCGCAGAUGCUAGCAGCUCAGCUGUCGUCACAGCAACAAAACAUAUUUGAGAAAUUGGAUAUAACACCAAAAAGUGCGCAGAAAAUCAAACCGGUGCUCGAACGUUGGAUGAAGGAAGCUGAAGAGAGGUAUGCAACCGGGCAGAACCAUCUGACUGAUUUCAUCGGUAUGGAGCCAAGCAAGAAGCGUAAACGACGGACCUCAUUCACACCACAAGCUUUGGAACUGCUGAACGCGCACUUCGAGAGGAACACGCAUCCGUCUGGUACAGAAAUAACCGGCCUAGCACACCAACUGGGCUACGAACGCGAAGUCAUUAGAAUAUGGUUCUGCAACAAACGCCAAGCUCUCAAAAACACCGUUAGAAUGAUGUCAAAAGGAAUGGUCUAAAUCAAACUACAACACCCAUUUUAAAGAUCUACUCACGGUGCGUCCAAACCGAGCUAAUUUUUCCCGCCAAAGUAAAUUUCAACACCUUUUAUUCCAAUACAUUGAGUGUCAAAAACGCAACUCCAAUGUUAUUUAUGUCUCACCAGCGGCCAAGAAUAAGGAAGGUUUACUAUC